AAAUGUUCUUUUCAAGGUAGGGAAGACUCCAGCAUGAUUGUGUGGCUUGGCGCUGCUUUGCUUCUUGUCUUUGGGCUUGCUCUUAUCUCUCUCUGGAGACUAAGACUAAACAACCAUGAAGAAGUAAAGUACCCCAAGAGCUUACCUUCAUUGCCUGUCAUCGGGAGCUUGCUUCACCUUGGGAACCACCUCCCUCCUCAUAUUCUCUUCUGCGAUUUACAGAAGAAGUAUGGCAGACUCUACUCCUUUCUGAUGGGUUCCCAUUAUGUCGUAGUUGUGAAUAAUCAUGAGGAUGCCCGGGAAGUUUUGCUGAAGAAGGGGAAAACCUUUGCUGGGAGACCACGCACAGUAACAACUGAUAUUUUGACAAGAGAUGCUAAAGAUAUAGCUUUUGCUGAUUACAGUCCCAGUUGGAAAUUUCAUCGUAAAAUGGUUCAUUCUGCAGUGACAAUGUUUGGGGAAGGGACCAUCGCCAUUGAGAAAAUCAUUUCCCGUGAGGCUACCUCCAUGUGCCAUACUCUCACCGCCGCCCACACUGUCCCGCUGGACAUGUCCCCAGAGCUCACAAGGGCAGUUACCAACGUGGUUUGCUCUCUGUGUUUCAACACCAGAUACAGCAGAGAUGAUGCAGAGUUUGAGACCAUGCUGCGAUACAGUAAAGGCAUUGUGGACACGGUGGCAAAGGACAGCCUGGUUGACAUCUUUCCCUGGCUCCAGUUAUUUCCAAACAAGGACCUGGCGUUGUUGAAGAAGUCGGUGGAAGCUAGAGACCAGCUUCUCCAAAAGAAACUGAAGGAGCAUGAGGAAGCAUUUUGCAGUGAAACAGUCCAGGACUUGUUGGAUGCUCUUCUGAAAGCAAAAUUCAGCAUGGAAAACAACAAUAGCAAUUUUCCCCAGGGUAUCGGACUGACAGAUGAUCACAUCCUUAUGACCGUCGGGGAUAUAUUUGGGGCAGGAGUGGAGACAACAACUACAGUAUUGAAAUGGGCAAUCGCUUAUCUGCUGCAUUAUCCGGAGGUACAGAAGAAGAUCCAGGAGGAGCUGGAUGUGAAGGUUGGGUUUGGAAGGCAUCCUCUACUCAGUGACCGGAAAACGUUACACUACCUGGAGGCAACAAUCGCUGAGGUUCUGCGUAUUCGUCCCGUGUCCCCGCUGCUCAUCCCUCAUGUAGCUAUGCAAGAUUCCAGCAUUGGAGAAUACACCAUUCCUAAAGACGCCCGUGUGGUUAUAAACCUGUGGUCUCUACAUCAUGAUGAGAAGGAAUGGGAGAACCCUGAAGACUUUAAUCCAGAGCGCUUCUUAGAUGAAAAUGGAAACCGUGUGCACUCCCCAAGCCAGAGCUACCUUCCCUUCGGAGCUGGGAUUAGGGUGUGCCUUGGUGAAGCCCUGGCCAAGAUGGAGAUCUUCCUUUUUCUGUCCUGGAUCCUACAGAGAUUCACAAUGGAGGUGCCAGAGGGAGACCCUUUGCCAGACCUGGAGGGUAAGUUUGGGGUCGUACUUCAAGUGAAACCAUUCAAGGUGACCACUAAGCUGAGAGACGUCUGGAAGAAUAUUGAAAUCCCCACAUAAGUACUGUACAGUUCCACAUCAAUACCAACGAUCACCAACCAUCUGGAUAUCCAAAUAGUUCUGGAGAAGAAUGCACUGAUCAGCUGAUCUGAGGCUGUCAGUGUGACUGCACAGAUGCUCACUGUAACACAUGUUGUCCUUUCACCAGUGUGUGCAGUCACAUUUCGCUUUGUUCAUACAUACUGUACACUUGUCUUCUUACAUCCAUGCUGCAGUUAUGCUAAACAACCCUUGAAGACGCGGCAUGCCAUGGUGGGACUCUGUAGCGCUAAGCAUCUUUUUUUUGCAUCUUAGACGCAAAGUAAUGUAAUUGGACGCACAGUAGCUUCUGCUCAUUAAAAUGAUAGGUAGCAUGCCUAUAUUCUGUGUGUAACUGCGGCUCUAUCUGCAUCUAAAAUGCCACAUUAUAGGGUUUUCCAUUAAAACACUGUAGCAUAACAUAUUGUAUGCAAAUACAGUAGCAGUCACACACACAGAAUAUAGGCAUGCUACAUAUCAUUUUAAUCAGUAGAAGGUACUGUGCAUCCAAUUACAUUAUUUUAUCUAAGAUGCAUUUUCACAGAAAAAAAAAAACGCAAAAAAAAGAAGAUCGGCGCUACUAAGACACACCGCACUCAUUCGUUAUGUGUAACGCGACUUGUAGCGCAUGGAGCAAAGAUGUAAGAGACACAUCUGUAGUGUAAAAUUCACUGGCUAUUACAGGCUACUGUUUUUGUGACAAACACAAGGCUGCAGAUUAAAAAGCAUCUGCCUCCUUAAUAAAGUGUAUAUAACAAGAGGCCUAGGGGGUAAUUCUAAGUUGAUCGCAGCAGGAAUUUUGUUAGCAGUUGGGCAAAACCAUGUGCACUGCAGGGGAGGCAGAUAUAACGUGCAGAAAGAGUUAGAUUUGAGUGGGUUAUUUUGUUUCUGUGCAGGGUAAAUACUGGCUGCUUUAUUUUUACACUGCAAAAUGGAUUGCAGAUUGAACACACCACACCCAAAUCUAACUCUCUCUGCACAUGUUAAAUCUGCCCUUCCUGCAGUGCACAUGGGCCCUCAUUCCGAGUUGGUCGCCCGUUAUUUUCCUUCGCAUCGGUGCGAUUUUCCGCUAACUGCGCAUGCGCAAUGUUCGCACUGCGGCUGCGCCAAGUAAAUUUGCUAAGAAGUUUGGUAUUUUACUCACGGCAUUACAAGGUUUUUUCUUCGUUCUGGUGAUCGUAGUGUGAUUGACAGGAAGUGGGUGUUUCUGGGCGGAAACUGGCCGUUUUAUGGGAGUGUGUGAAAAAACGCUGCCGUUUCUGGGAAAAACGCGGGAGUGGCUGGAGAAACGGGGGAGUAUCUGGGCGAACGCUGGGUGUGGUUGUGACGUCAAACCAGGAACGAAACUGACUGAACUGAUCGCAGUGGCAGAGUAAGUGUCGAGCUACUCAGAAACUGCUAAGAAAUUUCUAUUCGCAAUUUUGCGAAUCUUUCGUUCCAAAUUCUGCUAAGCCAAGAUUCACUCCCAGAGGGCGGCGGCUUAGCGUGUGCACUGCUGCGAAAAGCGGCUAGCGAGCGAACAACUCGGAAUGAGGGCCAUGGUUUUGCCCAACUUCUAACAAAAUUCCUGCUGCGAUCAACUUGGAAUUACCCCCCUAAUUCAGACUUGAUUGUAGCAUCAAAUUUGUUAGCAGAUGGGCAAAACCAUGUGCACUGCAGGGGGGGCAGAUAUAACAUCAUACUUACCUACUUCUGGCAGCUCUCUCCGGGAGAGAGCUGCCAGGUCGGCUCAGUGGAGGGGCUGGGCAGGACAAUGACGAGAGGAGGGGGCGGGGAGGGGGCGGAAUGGGGCGAGGCAGGGCGGAGGCAGUACGAGGGUGGGGUUACAUCAUCACAAUGUUUAAACCACGCCCCAUGCUCUGUAAUGCCGCUAUAACCGGUAUUUUACAGCAGGGGGCGUGACUAUGAUGACGCAAUUAAACAAGAAUCGCGUCAUCGACUGUCCGGACCGCCCACUUUACUCUCAAAGUGGGCGACCGGGCAGGUGGCAACUGAAAAAUCGGGAGACUUGUCUGCUCUUCCAGGGGGCUGGGAGGGUCACCCGAUUUUUGGGAGCCUCACAGCCAUUCCGGGAGAGUAGGCAAGUAUGUAUAACAUGUGCAGAGAGAGAGAGAUUUGGGUGGGGUGUGUUUAAACUGAAAUCUAAAUUGCAGUGUAAAUAUAAAGCAGCCAGUAUUUACUCUGCACAGAAACAAUAUAACCCACCCAAAUUGAACUCUCUCUGCAAAUGUUAUAUCUGCCACACCUGCAGUGCACAUGGGCCCUCAUUCCGAGAUGAUCGUAGCUGUGCUAAAUUUAGCACAGCUACGAUCAAUCACACUGACAUGCUGGGGGACGCCCAGCACAGGGCUAUUCCGCCCCGCAUGUUAGUGCCCCCCCCCCCCCCGCAGAAUUGCAAAGGCAUCGCACAGCGGCGAUGCCUUUGCUCUUCAAGAGUAGCUCCCGACCAGCGCAGCUUUAGCGUGCUGGCCGGGAGCUAUUCGUCACUCCCCAGCCCGCUGCGGCUGCGUAUGACGUCACGCAGCCAUUGCGGGCCGCUCCCCGCACGGUCCGGCCACGCCUGCGUUGGCUGAACCGUGCCCACGAAACGGCGGCCAAACACCGCCGUUCUGCCCCCUCCUGCCCAGCGACUGCCUCUGCCUGUCUGGCACUACGGCGCCGGCGCAUGCGCAGUGGAUACCCGUUCGCUCGGCUGCGAUAAAAAGCAGCGAGCGUAUGGGUCAGAAUGACCCCCAUGAUUUUGCCCAUCUGCUUACAAAUUUGCUACUACGAUCAGGUCUGAAUUAGGCUCAAGGUACAUUAGACUGUAGCAGGUAAAGAGAUCGGGGGUUAUUCAGGUUUGUUAGCAAACCAAAAGUUAGCAAUUGGCAAAACCAUGCAAAAUUAUACAUCCAGAUUCAGACUUUUAUUUAUUUUAUUUUUACUUUUUUAAGGAUUUGGAAAUGUUUAAUAUAAAUAAAGAAAUUCAAAUCUUUACUUUUCUAUUCCUAUCAGAAACUAAAAGAUGAUACAAUUUUUCUCAGACACUUCAAAGACACAAAACAUAUAGAUAUAGCUUCAAAACAUAUAGAUAUGGCUUCAAUAAGAUACUUUUUUCUCCAUUCUACCCAAACAUAUGAUAAACAGAGACUUUCAUCAGGUGCUAUAACAUUUCAUAUAUGGAUCAAUCAACAAUAAUCUAGCCACUUCAAAUGAACUCAAAAUCCAUCAGCAGAUGUAUGAAGGAAAUGGGCCUUUUCUGACACAUGGGCGCUGAUUCUGAUCUGAGAGCAAAGCAUAGCUGCCGACAUCCCAGCGAAGGUAGGCGCAUCGAUGGGGCGGGAUGUAGGCGGAUUGGGGGCACAGUUACCAUGAUCGUGACAUUUUAGCCACAGCCCCGCUCUGUAAUGUCAAGAUUACAGGCAUUAUACUGCACGGGGCGUGGCUAUGCAAGCGGUGAAAAUACAUUUAGGGCGGGAUGUACCAACCUCUUGCGGUACAUCGCGCUGACACUAAUCUCAUAUGUACUCACAUAUGCGAUUAGUACCACAAAGGGCAGCUUUCCCGAUAAGAGUUGCCCUUUGCAAUGACUGCCGGUCUCUGUACGAGUUUAUGACCUGAGAGUCCAUGUGCGCUUGUGCAGUAACCCGGCGGCCAUCAGGGGUGCUGGGACGGAUCAGAUCAGAUCCCUCUGACAGCACCGAUGUGGAAAGAAGCAAUAGCUGGCGUUACCCUCCGCAUUGGAAACCCGGCGGCGGAACUUUAGUACAUAUGGAUUAUUGUUUUUGUAUUCAGGGUAAAUAUUGUCUGCUUCUGCAUUACCCUCUCAAAUCCAAUGCAGGACUGGAGCAUGAAGAGCACACUGGGGGAAUGCAGUGGUAGGGCUCAUGUUCAUCCAUGUUGUUGCUCGGCCAGGUAACUGACCAUCUGUUAGAGUAACACUGUAUCAUUUGAAUGUGAGGUCUGGAACUUGACAUUAGAAUACUCCUGUGGGCCAGUUCAACCCUGUUUAAUCUAAGGGGGGACUUCAGUUCCAGGCGAAGGAUACGUUUUACCAUUACUACAACAUUUAAAUGCCAGCAUCGGCACCACAUCUCACACCCUUCACCUGCCUGGCCAAGUGCCAAAUUCGCUCAGAAGUACUCUCUGACCCAUGGGGCUGCCAACAAUUUUAUGUGACAAGGCUGCCGUAAAGCGAUAUUGCGGCGCUGAUUCGGCAAGGCGGAUGACUUGAAUUUAAUUCCCCCCAAAUCUGUCUGCACAUGUUACAUCUGCCCUACCUGCAGUGCAACAUGGUUUUAUUAAGGUGCAAAGUCACUAGUUAUGUUUCCUCUUUGCUAUCAAUGUAGAAUCAGCCCCAUGAUGUGAUUUUAACCUAUUCUCUACUCCUGUCCAUAUAAUGCCUACUCAGGAAUAGAUGUGAUUACUGGCUGCAGUAGUGUCUCCCAAUUAUCAACAGAUACUGCAAUACCAACUCCUGGUCAGACCGCUCACUAGUCACAGCGAAGUUUGAACUCCUUGGAAGCCCACAAGAACGAGACUACUGGAUGUUAAGGGACAGAAGCCAACACAGUAAUCGCUGAGACGAAAGCUGAUCAUUCUAGGGUCAUUAUCAAGACCACAGCAUAAGACAACAGUCAGCACAGCAAUCAGGAUAUAUAUAUAUAUAUAUAUAUAUACACACACACACACACACACACACACUAUAUAUAUAUAUAUAUAUAUAUAUAUAUAUACUGUAUAUAUAUAUAUAUAUAUAUAUAUACUGUGUAUAUAUAUAUAUAUAUAUAUAUUUAUAGGGGGGAGGACACCAAUAUUUAUCUUGUCUUGGGCCAAACUUACGCCACUGAUCGGGGGUACAUGUAAUAGGGUCCGAGGUAACCGGAGGUGCAGUGAGUCGGGCACAAAUGGCCGUAUUUUUAAAGUGGCACUCAUUUACUAAGCAGAGCCAACCUCCGGCAAACUAGGACCUUAUUACAUAUACCCCCAGGGGUCGAAUUAUCAGUUAUACAGCUCAUUGAAAUAAACAGCAAAGACUCGCAACCAAAGUCCAAACAAUUGCGCAACAGCUGGUUACGUUACCUCUAAUAUCACAAGUCACCCUAUGCACCUCUAUAGGGUGUGAGGCAAAACAUGCGAUGUGGAUGCACAGGAUGCGCCAUUCAUGAGCUGAAUUGCCUCAAAUAAUGGUAUAUUCACUGAAUAUUCCAAGAGGUAUCACAUGCAUAGUAUGAUGCCCUAUGUAAUAUUUAUAUGUUAAUGUCCCUAUUAAUGAGCAUCCUCAGGCAUAACCAAUGAACAUCCCUCCUGUAGUAAGGGAAUUAAAAUCAAUAGAUCCACGACAGACUGGCCUAAUACCACUAAAAUCGCUGUAAAAUUGCCUAUUUUGUGUACAAACGAAAACCCGCUAUGUAGGUGAGAUGUGGAACCACGUUCCAGAACAUGAUUCACACCUAAUUAAAUCUACCCCUACACGGGUGUAGCCAGAACUUUGUGGGCCCCAUAGCAACAUUUUGAAGGGGCCCCCGUCCCAAUGCUUCUAGAGAGAUACUUCUCUGCAGCAGUUGUUAAUGUUAUGCCCUAUAAUAGUGCCCUAGUUCAUUUUCUGAACCAUAGUACAGCCUUAUUUAAUGUUACGCUCCAUAGUACUGCCCUAGUUUCUCUUAUGAAUCGCAGUAGUGCUUACGUUCACCCUAUUUCACAUUUCAGAGCUGCCAGUACACAUUAUGCCACCAGUACCCCCAAUUCCCCAUUAUGAUAUAUAGUGCUCCGGUUCAUAUUAUAUAACGUUAAAAUGCCCUCCAGUUCAUUUUAUACCACAAUACAAUGAGCAGAUCAAGGGGCAUACCAAGGAAAAAGUUUGAAAGGACCCCUACGUACCACGCAAUGGCAAAAAAUGUGUAUAACACAUGUAACUGUGACAGGGAAGGUGGGCCCCUCUUAGCUCUGGGCCCCAUAGCAGCUGCACUGCUUGCACCUAUGGCAGCUACAUCCUUGCACCCCUAUGUCUUUAACCUAAUCUCCCAAAUAGAAUAGGCUUUCAGCAUCUCACUAGAAGGCAAUUUAAUUUUUCUUUAACUUAGACCCCAAAGCCAUCGCCCCCACAAAAAAUAGGUAAGGAUGCCUACACCUGCUCACUUUUUAUUGACCAGUUUCUUUAAAACCCUAUGUUUUUAAAUAUUUGCAAAAUAUUGGAAAACAGAUUAUACCCUGUUCUACAUAGUCUAAUACACUCUGACUGGUGGAUUGGGUUCGGGUGACCGGCGCAUUCCCUGACCGGUUGCUUCAUUGCAUCCUGACAAAUGCUGGGCAACAGUAGAAGAACAACUGAUAGUACACAAAUAAAUAAAAACGCUUUCCUUCAUUGGCGACUGUACUAGAUGCACAUAAUCUCUCCCUUCCCCACACCUUCAUUUCCUCCUAUACACUUCACAAAGCCACGUUCCCCAUCCAAAUGUCCUUACUUUAACCUAUUAGAUUGCCUUUAACACCAAAGACUAAAAAAUACAGGAAAAUGAUUUGAUCCUUCUUACUUAGGAUGGGAGUCAGCCAAUUUGCCGGCUGUCGGGAUCCCGAUAGUCAGGAUACCAACACCGGAAUCCCGACACCCGUACGGAUCCCCUUAGGAUAAAUCUGUGUUACAGAACUACGGCUCAGAAAACAAGCCUAUAUAUUUAAAAUUAUUUAUUGUUAUUUUUUUCCAUUACAAUUUUUUUUCACUUUUUUAGCAGGCCAGAAAUGUACAGCUGUAUGUGUAUAAAACGUGUUUUUCCUAUUGCAUAAUCUAUCAUUUGUUACACUUCCAACUGGUUUCUUCUUUCCUAGAUAAAUGUAAAAAAUAAAAAACUUGAAACAUGAA